AUGCACGCAGCCGUGCACUUACAAAGACUCGAAAAAAGACCAGGGCAGCCACUAAUGGCGGCCAGUGGCUCCGCCCCAAGACCCCGCCGCCUCCAUGUAACAUGCCGAGCGACCAAAGAACGUUUCCUCAUAGACACAGGCUCCGAUGUAAGCGUAUAUCCCCGUUCGAUGACAACAGGACAUACAUUGCCAACGAAUUACGAGUUAUUCGCAGCAAACGGUUCUCUGAUCACUACAUACGGAUGGAUCACGCUACAACCAAACCUAGGACUACGACGUUCAUUUCCAUGGCGAUUCGUCAUAGCAAACGUCACAUCACCCAUUAUCGGAGCAGACUUCCUAAGCUACUACCAUCUCCUACCGGACUUACAAAAAGGAGUGCUGGUGGACGGGAAAACAGAGCUACACAUCAAGGGUACAGCAGAGGCAGGAUCCAUUGAGUCAAUAAAGGUAUUGACAAUCGAAAACAAAUAUCAUCGCAUCCUCGCGGAAUUUCCCGAGAUUACAAGAGCUACAACUAGGGCGCGGACCAUCAAACACUCCACCGUGCACCAUAUCGUAACUACAGAGGGACCACCGGAGGCAUGCCGCCCUCGUCGGCUAGAUCCGAAUAAACUAAAAGCAGCAAAAGUAGAAUUCAACCUCCUGCUACGAGAGGGGUUAUACAAGCAUCAAAAAGCCCUUGGUCAGCCCCUCUACACAUGGUUCAGAAGAAAGAAAACGCAUGGAGACCUUGCGGAGACUACAGACGCCUGA